UAAAAGCAGAGAAAAAAGACACCACAAUAAAUAAAUAAAUAAAUAAAUGAAAAAAAUCUCCACAAUAAUUGGUAUCAAAUGCCCCUCGGGAUUCCCACUCUUUCUGAAUUUCAAGAUCUGCUCACUCUCUCUCAUCUCCAUUAUUUAAACAACAGAAACCCUUUUCUACAUUUCCCCACUGGAUGAGAGAAGGGGAAAAAAAAACAGGCAAAACAGCCUAUUAGGGCUUCCGUAUCUGCAGAAAAGUCUCUGAGAAAGCGCAUUUCUCGCGAUUUGGAUUUGUUGCAGCUCUUGGAAUCUAGGGUUUUGGCUGUGGAUUGAGGAUUUAGAGACGAUGAGUUUUUUCAGUUUGGAUGUGGUGGUUUUCGGUUGUUUGAGCGUUUUGGAAGGCCAUUCUGUUGCAAAAAUUGGAUUCUUUGGAGCUCCAGAUGUUGAAAUUUAGGGUUUUGGAUGUGGAUUAGGGCUUUUGUUUAGGUUUAUAGGGUUGUUGAUGCUGAGAUUUUGGGUUUUUUUGUUGUGGAGUGGCUUCAAUGCUUUGAUUCUUGUCGGAUGAUUGCUUUGAUGGUUUGAUCUGCGAUUUAGGCAUGCGGGAGUUGAAAUUUGGGUUUUGGCUCUGAAUAAGGGCAAUUCAACGAUUGGGUUUGAGCUCUGGAGUGUUAUCCGACUUAUCUAAUUCGGCUCUUGAGGCUUAAGGUGAAAUUUAGGGUUUUGCAGGCAUUCUGUUGGUGGGAUUUGUGCAGUUCUGUAUUUGGAGGCCUUUUUUCUUUUUCGGCAGGUGGGAGUCUGGAGCUUUAAUCUGGUAUUUGGGGCUGUUGAAAUAAGAUGAUGCAGUAGGUUUUGAGAGGGGUUUAAGGUGAAGAUGGCGGCUAAUUCUAAUAUGGGUUUUCACCACGGAUUGAUUCCGGCUUCUGCGUUUAACCGCCAUGCGAUUGCGUUCCAAUCUGGGGCUGUAAACAGCUCGACUGGGAUGAUCUCUGUUGGUAAUUAUGGCGGGAUGAACAACAUGGUUGGAACAAUCCCAGAUGGGAAUUCUGGCGGGGCAAGCAAUAUGGGUGGUGUGGUGGUUCCAGGUGGCAGUUCUGCUGGUGGCUUUCUUCUUGAGACAGUGCCGGGGCUCAAGCAUGACACAGGGCUAGCUGUGGAUUGGUCCCCUGAAGAACAGUCGAUACUGGAGGACGGCCUUCUCAGACAUGCCAAUGAAUCAAGUAUUAUGAGGUACAUCAAGAUUGCAUCUGCACUGCAGCACAAGACAGUACGAGAUGUUGCUUUGAGGUGUCGGUGGAUGACUAAGAAGGAUAAUGGAAAGCGGCGUAAGCCGGAAGAUCAUUACAUGGGAAAGAAGAUGAAAGACAGGAAGGAAAAGCUGGUGGAUUCUUCAACAAAGCCAAACGUGCCUCCAUCUCCACAGCCAAGCAUGCCUGCAUAUUCUUUUAUGUUGCAGCAUAUGAACCGCAAUGAUCUCACUUCAUGUGGAGUCCCUGCAGUAAGUGGCAUGACGAGACAUCUCUUAGAUGAAAAUGCUCAAGUUUUUGGCCAAAUCUCAGCUAAUCUUGGAGCAUUUAAGAUACAGGAUAAUAUCGAUCUCUUUUGUCGCACGAGGAACAACCUCAUUGCCAUAUUAAAUGAUAUGAGGGAUAUGCCUGGAAUAAUGAGCCAUAUGCCACCAUUGCAAGUGUCAAUCAAUGAGGAACUGGCCAGUACCAUUCUCCCUGGUACAGUGCAAGCAAGCUCUCAGGCAUUGAUGUUUGGUAGUUCAGGCAGCAUUGAAUUGAAGCAAGAGCCGAGAUGUUAAUGACACGCUGAGAAGAUAGAGAUGCAGUCGUUAUUGUGUAAGUAGAAGAUCUUCAUCUGUAUAAAAUGCGUGAAGCCAGUACGAGCUUCCUUGUGUACACACCACCUCCCACGGAAAGGAAUUCAUUGUAAAGAUCCCAUUUUUGGAAUCUGAAGAAUACCAGAUGAUACUGCACCGAGCCUCAGGUAAUAAAAAGCCUGUCCAUCUCCAAAGUAGAUUUUCUGAUCAGACAGCAUUGUAAGUUAAUGCUCUCAAUUUCAGUUUACAGUGUAUACCAUGUGGGACAGGAAACGGUAAUCUUUUUGGUGCUUGUAACUAAUUAAUUUUCUACUUAUAUUAUUUUCUCUCUCCAGCAACGUCACCGCAUGAGAAUGGACAAAUGACAGAGGAUUAGUCAUUACAUGCACUGUAAAUGGCUUUGAUGAGGAGAUUCAAUUCUGUAUGAUUUUUUGCUGCCUGCC